AGGAAUUUUUUUGUGUUUGUGUUUGUGAUAUUUUGGGUACGUUGCACGACGAAUAGCACGAUUUUCAUAAUCCGCGUGAAGAAAAUUGAAAUUUUCCAGUGAAAAUUGAUGAAUAUUGCUGAAAAAUUCCAUCAGUUUGCCGAUAUCAAUUCCAUCCGAAUAAUUUGUCAAAAUGGCUCUGAAUUUGAUGCUGAAGGUGCAUCCGGUUGUAUUAUUUCAAAUCGUCGAUGCAUAUGAAAGGCGUAAUGUCGAUGCUUAUCGAGUUAUCGGUACUCUCUUGGGAACUGUGGAGAAAGGCGUCGUAGAAGCCACCAACUGCUUUUGUGUUCCUCAUAAAGAACAUGAAGAUAUUGUGGAAGCAGAAUUGAUCUACGCUAAAGAUUUGUAUGAUAUGAACCAACAAGUGAACAAACAGGAAGUCAUUGUUGGAUGGUGGGCUACCGGACACACUGUAACGUCACACUCAUCUGUCAUUCACGAAUAUUAUUCUAGAGAAUGUUCAAAUCCGGUCCAUAUGACUUUGGAUACAACACUCAAAGGUGGUCAUCUCGGAUUACAAGCAUUCGUAAAUGUAACUGUUGGAGUACCCGGUGGUAAAACUGGAUCACAUUUUACACCUAUUCCCGUCGAAGUUGCUUCAUACGAACCUGAAGUUAUAUCUCUACGUCUAUGCCAGAAAACCAUCGCUUUGUCUCAAAAAUGUGUCGAACCUACAGACGAUUUAGAACGUAUAGUCGAAGCUGCCGAUAAACUGAAAGGUUUGAUAGAUAAUGUUCUCGCUUACGUCGAAGAUGUUAUUAUUGGAAAACGUGAACCGGAUAACGAAAUUGGUAGAACGUUGUUAGAUAUGGUACAUAGUGUACCGAAAAUGUCAUCUGAACAGUUCCAGAAUAUGUUCAACUCUAAUGUUAAGGAUUUAUUGAUGGUUCUAUCGCUGGCGCAAUUAAUUCAUACGCAGUUGCAAUUAAACGAACAAUUGACCUUCCUUACUACCAUAUAAUUUUGCCACGAUUCAAAAAUACACUUUGUACGAAGUUAACUACAUACAAGUAAUUCAAAUCCAUAGAUGAAGCAUUCUCCGUACAUCAUCUCUCAUGUCAUAGUAUCCGGCUAAUAAUCAGAUAAAAUGUUCAAAUUGAUUCCAAAACCAUCAAUACACACUCACUCAAGCCCAUUGUCAAGAUCAUCAAAGCUAAACCCCGAUAAUGACCUCGAUGAAUCGAAGUACUUUGACCUAAGAUCUAUUCCUUUGAACUUCAAGUCGACCAUGAUUUACAGGUUUUAGGCCAUCAGUUUCCCUUUUUUCAUGUACGCGUAGCGCUGUGUUAACGGUUGCUAUGAACUGUGCGAACUGUUCGUCUUCGUAUAGGUAGUGAUAAUGCCAUGCCUAUUGAUGCAUAAAUUCUCACUAUGCAGUAUGCACUCGUACUCCAGAAUAUAAAAAGUUUCUCUGCGUUAAAUCGUAGAUGUACAAAAACCUGUAAUCGAGUUUAAUUUACCAUCAUCGAACUCGAACGCCUAAAUAAGUAGAUAUACAAUUUACUGGCGUUAAAAGGGCAACUGAUGAUAUGCUAUUGAAGUUUUUAAAAUGAACUGUUAUUACGAGCAUUUUUCAUAAAAAUCUCACGUUUCGAUCAUCAAAUCUGUGUAUAAAUAAUUAACUACAUAGAUGAAAAAAAUAUGUCGUACCUAUGGCGAUUUUAUUCAUUUGAAUUAUAUUUUCUUAUUACCUUC